AUGGAGAAGUAUCUCGGCUCCGUGCUACCAUUCCUCAGCGUGGUUGAGGCCGUGAAGACCCUGCCCCGCACAGGUUGGGGGCUCCGAGGCGUACCAAAUCCCGAGCACGUCGGCGACCAUAUGUAUCAGAUGGCUAUGCUCUGCAUGGCGUGCCCGAACUUCGAAGAGAGCGAGCGGCUGCGUGCCGUUCAGAUGGCGGUCGUGCACGACGCCGGGGAGGCCAUCGUAGGAGACAUAACGCCAUCUGAUGGCGUCAGCCGUGAGGAAAAGGCGCUACGGGAGAACCUGGCCUUCAAGUUCUUCGACUGCCUUCUCAAGCCGUCCAGCCCUGGAUUCGCCGCGGAGUUGGCCGGCCUGUGGAGGGAGUAUGAAGAGAACGAGACCAAGGUCGCUCAAUUCGUCAACCAGGUGGACAAACUCGAGUGCAUUCAGCAGGCAGCCAUAUACGACAAACGCACCCACGGCAAGAUUUCCAGGCUUAAUGAAUUCAGGGCUCUCCGCGCCAAGAUCACCGAACCCUGGCUGUCUGAGCUGGCGGAUCAAACCCUCGCGGAAUGGGAUGCCGCUAAAGCACGGCGAGAAUCGACAGCUCCCAUGAUCUUCUUGAUUGGCGGUCCUGGUGUAGGAAAAGGAACUCAAGGGGCCCGUGCUGCGGAAGAGUUCAACUUUGCGCACAUCUCUCUCGGCGACCUGCUACGCAAGGAGCGCGGGGAGCCUGGUUCUCUCUUUGGCGACUUCAUCGACGAGAGCAUGAAGAAUUCCAUCAUCGUUCCGGCCUUGCUGUCGAUGAUGCUGCUCAAAGGUUCCAUCGAGGCUGCCCUGGCAGAGGGAAAGGCUGGGGUGCUGCUUGACGGCUUCCCGCGAAGCGUCCAGCAAGCUACCGCAUUCGAGGAGGAGAUUUCCGACCGAUACUCGACCUUCUUCCUAGACUGUUCAGCAGAGGACAUGGUAGCGCGAAUCAAGGGUCGAGCAUCAUCCUCUGGUCGGACGGACGACAGCCCCGAGGUCGUUGCAAAGCGACUGGAGACUUUUAACGCAACCAAUGAAGGCGUCGUGAAUCAUCUAAAGAGAAACCCGCUUCACCGUAUCGACGGCGCCGGAUCACCAGACGAGGUAUACAUUGCUAUGAAGAAGGCUAUCGAGGGUAUCCUCGGGGAUAAAACGACAGCAUGA